UGUACCAUACUUUGCAUAAAAAUCAAAGCAGUUCUACUUUAUUUUUUGCACGACCUUGACGUAAAGACUAGAGGUCCUUUGAGUUAAAGAAGCGAGAGAUAUGGAAGUACUCCACAUCAGUGUAUCAUCGACAACGAAGAACAAACUGAUGAUCUUCCUCUUCCUCUUGUUCUUCUUCCUGUUGCAGGCAGGAGUUGGAGCCCAAGCAGACGACCACGAUCGGGAUGUUGAGUGCCUGCCCAAGAGGUGCAGUGCCGAGGGCCCAGAAAUUCGGUUCCCGUUCUGGCUAAAGGAUCGUCAACCAGACCGCUGUGGCUAUGGGCCUGACUUUGCUCUAACCUGCUCUCCUACCGAAAGCAAAGAAACCCUGCUUGACAACCCAUUUUCUGUCAAGGUAGUGGUCAAAGAAAUCAAUUACUAUUGUCGGCUCAUGAGAUACGAGCUCUCCGGUACUUACGAUCCGCACGAUCAGCAAAACCUAAGCUUAAUAUUCAACAGUACCUCUCCCUUCAGUCCCUUCCAAUUGUGGCUCAACACUGUCCCUGAAUACUACAUAGUCCUUUGUCGCUCCUACUCCAGAUAUCAUAACCCUUCUUCAUAUGUUGUCCCUCCUCCAUAG